CAGGACUGACGCUUCUAUCGCGAGGUUAUCACAUUAGCUUGGUUAGUUAGCUAGCCGCGAAUAGCUUGACUGUGUAGCCGCAUUUUACACUUUUAUAUUUCUAAGCAUUGAGAGGACACGGCGCAUUUCUGUUGUGAUUAUUGUCUUCUCACGCCUGUAAGAAAGAAUAGUCGCCAGGCCUUGUGUUUGCACGGUGAGUUGCGUAAACGCACACAGUCUGCUAACUAGCCAGGCUGCCCAAGAGGAAAUUGGGUUUGUUUUGGAUGCCUCGGAGAAUUUCCAAAUUAUUUUUUAGUGACGCUAGCGAGCGCUCAACCGCAAUUUAAGCGCAUAAAUAUCGUGUCUGUUGUUUUGUUAUUGAUUUGGCACUUUUGUCAGUAGCAUAUGUUUGCGCUCAAUCCUUAAUAUCUAUCUGCACGGUGGUAGCGUUACUGUUCGUGUAGGACCAAACUGUGACCAAGCUGUGUCAGUCUUGCUCACGUUUCGCUGUAUUCCCAAUGGAUUUUCGUCUUUCCAGGAUCCCAAUGAUGAGUUAUGCUGAAAAGCCAGAAGACAUCACAAAAGAAGAGUGGAUGGACAAAUUAAAUAAUGUUCACAUACAGAGGGCUGACAUGAAUCGGCUCAUUAUGAAUUACCUGGUGACAGAGGGAUUCAAAGAAGCGGCGGAGAAGUUUCGGAUGGAGUCUGGGAUCGAGCCAAGUGUUGACCUGGACUCUUUGGAUGAAAGGAUAAAGAUUAGAGAGAUGAUCCUGAAGGGACAGAUACAGGAAGCCAUUGCACUCAUCAACAGCCUACACCCAGAACUGCUUGACACCAACCGAUACCUGUAUUUUCAUCUGCAGCAGCAACAUUUGAUUGAGUUAAUCAGGCUAAGGGAGACUGAGUCAGCGCUGGAGUUUGCCCAGACACAGUUAGCCGAGCAGGGGGAGGAGAGCCGCGAGUGUCUGACAGAGAUGGAGCGAACACUAGCUCUUCUGGCCUUUGACAACCCAGAAGAGUCGCCCUUUGGAGACCUGCUCAACAUGAUGCAGCGGCAAAAGGUGUGGAGUGAGGUGAACCAAGCUGUGCUGGACUAUGAAAACAGGGAGUCGACGCCUAAACUGGCUAAACUCCUGAAGUUACUGCUGUGGGCACAGAAUGAGCUGGACCAGAAGAAGGUGAAAUAUCCCAAAAUGACUGACCUUAGCACAGGCACCAUCGAGGACCCCAAGUGAACAUACCAGACAAGAACAACCACCUUCCACGUCCCCUUAAUUUAUGAUCAGUCAGUGACUGUGUGACAACCAGGUAACACAUAUGUAUAAACAAAUGCUACAUUGUUUCUUUUUUUUUUUCCAAGUUUCAUUCAUGACAGAUACAACUUAAUUCAUUGUGCAAACUGUAAAUUGAUGUAUUUGCAAAUUGACAAAUUAUUUAGAUUAAAUACUAAUCCUGGAUUUUUAAAUGGAUCUUGGAGACGGCACAAUUCAAAUUGCUGUUUUAUAUUUUGUCUUUCUAAAGCCUAAGCCAGUAGUAGUAUUUAUUGUGAUCAUUUCCCCCACCAAGACUUCAUUUUGAGAGAGAGAGAGAGAGAGAGAGAGAGAGAGAGAGAGAGAGAGAGAGAGAGAGAGAGAGAGAGAGAGAGAGAGAGAGAGAGAGAGAGA